UCAGAUAUUCCAGGGUGAGGAGAUCACUCUGACAUGUGAGGUCCAGGGAGGAGAGAAGACUGACUGGUGGUAUUACUGGAGGAGAAACUCACAAUAUCUUCAACAGAAGAAUGAAAAGUUCUUAAAAGUCACUGCUUCUCAGUCCCUCAAUGAAGAGUAUGACUGUAUGGCCACACGCAGAGAUGACUCUUAUUCUUCAACCACAUGGAGUGAAGCCUUCACAGUGUCAGUGUUACCUCAACCAAAAGCUCAACUGGGAACCAAUAAAUUCAACAUGUCUGAAGGCAGCAGAGUGACGCUGACCUGCUCAGUGAAUCAACCAGCUGGAUGGAAAUACUUCUGGUACAGAGACUCCAAAACCUCCCUCCUGAACACACAUGAUACUGAUGAGUAUCAGAGUCAGUCUGAAGUCUCACAGGAGGGACGUUACUGGUGCAGAGGAGGAAGAGGAGGAAGAGGAGGAAGAGGAGAUCCACUUUACUACACAGAGUACAGUGAUCCCAUCAGUGUCACUAAAAUAAUCCCAAACAAGGCAACCCUGACUCUGCAACACGACAGACCACAGCUCUACCAAGGAGAGACCAUCGCUCUCAGAUGUGCCAUCGAUGGAGGAAACACAGGAUGGGAGUAUGAGUGGGAAACCAGCAGUUUACUCAAACCAGCAAAUGUCAGCCAAUACAGGAUGGAGGCUCUUUCUUCACAGCACCAGGGAGAAUACAGAUGUAAAGGAAACAAGCUGAGAGGAGCACAGUCAACAGAUUGGAGCAACACCGUCACUCUGAGAGUAUUCAGACUAAAGCUCGUCCUCUCUGUGUCUCCAUCAUGGUUGAUUCCUGGAGCUUCAGUCACUCUGAUCUGUCACACUGAGCCUCCGUCAGCAGGGUGGAGCUUCUACUGGUUCAAAGCUGUUCCAAACUCUCAGGAUUCCUACACCUAUGAGCCUCUACCUGGUACCAGCAGUGGGACAGCAAACAAUUCCUUCACAGUUCAUGGACAGACACACCCAGCAGGAUAUGCAUGUUCAGCUGGACGAGGGGAUCCGCCGAUUUACACACAACACAGUCGUCCCACAUUCGUCUGGUCUUCAGGUGUUCAUCCAUCAGCGUCUCUCACAGUGAAUCCUGACAGAGUCCAACACUUCACCUCUGAAUCUCUCUCACUGACAUGUGAAGGAAACUCUUCCCACUACAAUCAAUGGAUCAACUUAUAUUAA